UCCCACUGAGACCCUGCAGCGUCUGGGUGAAGUGGACAACAUCUACGAGGACGUCCAGAGACCCGACGCCUGGAGCUCCAGCGAGUUCGAGAGCUGCGAUGAUGGUUCGGACAGUGAAGCGGCUCCAGGCGUCAGCAGCAAGGUACACGAGUGGUACAUGGAGAUAUUCGACCUGCUCACGAUCUGUAUGGAAAUGAUGUGAUAUUUUUAUCCCGUGACUUCAGUUUGCCUACUUUCCGUUGCUCUUUGCAUUUUCUUUCUGUACUUUUGCUUCCUCUUUUUCUCGACUUUUCCAGCAUUUCAGACUUUCCCUUCAGCGUUGCGUUGCGUUGCUUUGCUUGUAGCUGUAGUUGCUGGUGAGCGAGUGCAGUAGGCCGCCGCGCUGGAAGGAGGAAGUGAAGUGUGUCUGCAGCCGUCCUCCCGUCAGCACUUCUGGCUUCUGCUUUUGCGUCUUACUCCUGUGGACGCGUUAGUGUUUGGGAAGCGGCAGCGCUGCUUUUAAAGGCGGAGCAGCUGCCGGACGGAGCGUUGCCUUCAUGCUGUGACGGUGGAGACUGAGGAGACGUUCACUUUCAUACAGGGAGUCUUUGGUAAUUGUCUCCUACUCCUCGGACGUUUGCAGCUUCAGUGGUUCUGUAAUAGAAAGUUUUUAUAGUCAGGUUUGAUAAAGAGGCUUUUUCUUGUGCAAAGACGCCGUUCAGUCAGUAUUUUCUCUGUAAAAGUUCUCUGUGGGAACCAAAGCAGCGGAUCUUCUGACCCAGGGACAUCUAACGGAACUCUUUGGUCGGCUCACAAAGAGGGAACUGAGGGCUCAAAUGCCCCAGUAGGAGCCAGAAGCCACUUUGGAGGCGCCGGUUGACUUACUGCUGCUCCAGCCGUCGUCCAGGCUUUUUAGUCCUUCUCUGUCCUUCGCUUUUGCAGAUCUGUAGUUUGGUCGUGUGUCGUCUGCAGGUUUAACUCAGUUAGUUUCCAGCUUCGUGGUGCAGCAGCUGAUGCCUGUGUGAUCUUCCCUGUUAUUGAACUCUGGACCGUCUUCCUGCUCGGCUGCCGGGCGUCCAGCUGCCUGCAGGUGUGCGCAGACUGAAGGAGCGCUGCGCUGUCAAAAGGAAGAAGCUGGGCGCGCGUUUCACUGCGCCUCACGUGGAUCACCUCAGGCAGAGCUGUGACAGCAAGGUGCAGCAGCUGAUGAAGGCAGCGAAAACCGGUACCAAGGAUGGUUUAGAAAAGACCAAGUUAGCCAUGAUUCGAAAAGUCUCGUUUCUGCAGAGAAAAGAUUCCACAGGUGAGGGAAAGGACGACGGCGGCUACAUGCAUGUGUCUGUGUGCGAGCUGAAGCACCCCCCACCGCAGCUCGGGCCCAUGCCAGAGGGCCUGAGCAGUCAGCAGGUUGUCAGACGCCUCAUUCUCAGCUCCAUUGUGCAAAGUGAGUGCAGCUACCUGAACUCUCUGAACAGGAUUCUUCUGGAGUACCAGAAACCUUUGCUGGAGCCACAGAACUGGGUCCUGAGCCCCAAAAAGGUUCGUCAGAUCUUCUACCGCGUGCGGGAGAUCCAUCAGUGCCACUCGAUGUUCCAGAUCGCCCUGGCGUCCCGCGUGGCCGAGUGGGACCACAGCGAGACCAUCGGAGACUUGUUUGUGGCCUCGUUUUCAAAGCUCAUGGUGUUGAACGUGUACAGCGACUACAUCAACAACUUCACCAACGCCAUGGCCCUGAUUAAGAAGGCCUGCGUGUCCAAACCUGCUUUCCUGGACUUUCUAAAGAAGAAGCAGGCGUCCAGUCCAGACAGAAUCACGCUGUACGGCCUCAUGGUCAAACCCAUCCAGCGCUUCCCUCAGUUCAUCCUGCUGCUGCAGGACAUGUUGAAGAACACUCCCAGGGCCCACGCUGACAGACUCCCCCUGCAGCUGGCUCUCACUGAGCUGGAGACCCUGGCCGAGAAACUCAACGAGCAGAAGCGCGUGGCGGAUCAGGAGGCUGAGAUCCAGCAGCUGUCUCACAGCAUGGGGGACCGCAGCUUCAACAAGCUGCUGAACUCGGAGCACCGACAGCUGAUUCACUGUGAGUUGCUGACUGAGAUGGUUUAUGGUGAGAGAGGUCAAGUUCUCAAGUCGAAAGAGCGAAAGAUCUUCCUCCUCAACGACAUUGUGAUCUGCGCCAACAUCAACCUGAAAGGUCCCCCUGACAUCAACAGCCUGGUUCCGGUUGGUCCCAAGUACACGGUGAAGUGGACGACUCCUCUGCUGCAGACUCAGGUGGUGGAGGUGGGACAGGACAGUGUGCAGACCAUCGACCGCCUCAGCUCAACCAGGCGCCACAGCUCCAUCUCCAGCAGCACAGGUACCAGCAAACCUGAGAGCCGCCCACAAGCAGGAGAGCCCCGGCUGAACCCGACUCCUGUUUCAGGUAAGAUGUUCCUGGGGCCUCCCAGACUGUACCAGGACCUGGAGGAGCUGCAGCACGACCUGGCCGUGGUGGAGGAGGUGUCGCUGCUGGUGGGGACGCUCCACGGGACCUACCAGAACCUGAACACCACAGUGUCUCAGGACUGGUGUCUGGCUCUGCAGAGACUCAUCCGGCUGAAGGAGGAGGAAAUCCAGAACGCCAACAAGUGUCGCCUGCGUCUGUCCGUACCAGGAAAACCUGACAAGUGCGGCCGCCCGGUGAGCGUGAUGGUGGUCUUCAGCACCCCCAGCCCCGUCAGUAAGAUCACCUGGGUCAACCGGCUGCACCUCGCUAAGAUAGCUCAGAGUCAGGAAAACACCCCGGGGUGGGAAUGUGCUGAAGACGACGGGAGGACCAGAGCGCUGUUCAGCUUCCCACUGCUGACCUGCAGACUUCCCCUGUUCUGCCAGCGAAGCCACGCGCUGAAGCUGGAAGCGGCUCUUCACAGCCCGUUUCAGUCCAGUCUGCUUGGAUUCUGCACGGCCAGUACGUCGUUGCCGCAGGGUUACCUCUGGGUUGCUGGUGGAGGAGGCAGCUCCAGCCACGGCCAGGUGGAGAUCUUCUCCCUGAACCGAGCUGCUCCUCGUCUGGUCAAGACCGUCCCUCUGAGGGCCCCGGUCCUCUGCCUGGAGUAUGUGAAGGAGCCGUGUCCCGGCGCCGGGGAGAAGGAGGCCGACAGGCCUCAGAGUCCCGCCAAGAUGGGAAACAUCAUCUGUGCUGGGCUGCAGGACGGCAGCAUCCUUGUGUACAGCAGCGUGGACACAGCUGUGCAGUGUCUGCUGAGCAUGGGGAACCCUGACCGCUGUCCCGUCCUCUGCCUCAAACACUCGCUGUCUUUCCUCUUCGCUGGCCUGGCCGACGGCAAAGUGGCCGUGUACCAGAGGAAGGUCGGAGACAGACUGUGGGAUGUGGACUCGUGCAGGCUGGUGUCACUGGGUUCUGGGCCAGUGAGCAGCCUUCUGACCCUUGAAGACGCUGUGUGGGCCAGUUGUGGCAACCGGGUCAGCAUCAUCCAGGGAUCCAGCCUCCAUGCACAGAGCUUUGAAGCCCACUCCGACCCGGACUUUAGUGUCAGCCACAUGGUCCGUUCGGGUGGGGGGGUGUGGAUGGCCUUCACCCAGGGCUCCUCCAUCCACCUGUUCCACACAGAGACCUUGGAGCAACUGCAGGAAGUCAACAUCUCAGCCCGCACCAACCAUCUGACAGCAGGUCAGGUCUGUGUGAGCAGCUUGCUGAUCUGCCAGGGCCUGAUGUGGGUGGGGACCAGUCAGGGCGUCAUCCUCACCUUCCCUGUGCCCUCGCUGCAGGGAAUCCCCAAGAUCACAGGCAAAGGCAUGACUUCUCUGAAUGCUUACUGUGGUCCGGUGGACUUCCUGGUGGCGACCUCCAGCACCUUGGCCUCGGACCUUCUCAGACGCGACUCCGUCUUCAACGGUAGCGAGGAGGAUGCGAACGGAGGCAUGGCUGAAGACGACGGCGGGCAGAGACCGGAGCGGAGCGGCUACACCCAGGACCCGGAGGUGCCCCGGCUGAGGGGGGAGAAGCCCAAGCACCUCCUGCUGCAGUACCGCCUGCGCUCCACCUGCCAGCUUCCAGGGAAGCCGCUGACGGCCCAACCCGAGGGCAACCAGAGGGCCCCCCCGGACGUGCUGGAGCACAGCCUGGAGGACGGCUCCAUCUACGAAGUGAGCGAGGACCCUGAUGUGUGGGUGAGGGGGCGGCCCGUAGAGUGGGGGAGGGAGGGGGAGGUCCGGCGCAACAAGGUCACCUCCACGGCCAUCUUCUCCGGUGGCAGAGGGUACCGCCGGGUCGGGCAGGCCGGUUCUGCAGACAGUGAGAACACGCUGAUGGUGUGGCAGCUCCCUCUGACGCUCAGCCAGUGAUGGACUGGAGGCGAUAAUUAGGCCUCUGUGACUCCCACGUCCUCCAGUGAUGACGGCCGACGCUCCUUUGCUCCUUUCACAGAGACAUUAAACUGUGUCAACUUCUUGCACCUGGUUUGUGUUACUGCCUGUUGCAUCACAGCAAACUGUCGGGGCUCCUCCGUGGCUCUGAGCCUGUUUACGGCACAGAUGUGACACAUUGUGCCUGAGGCUCGUCAUAUUCAUCUGACAGUUCUGAUUGUACUUCAUGUCAGCCGUGCAGCUGCACAGCCAUUGAUAGAAAACAGUGGUUGUGUGUGGACUCUUUAGUAUGAUUGCACGGUUCCGACAGAUUCUGUCAGAACACAAACUGAGUGUCCACCAACCCUGAGGCAGCAGGAGCUGGAGCCUGGUCUGAGGAAAUGACGAGCUGCUUAAUAACUGUCAACAGGGAACGAAGAAGUGGAGAAGACGUGUUGUCUGGAGGUUCUGCAGACAAGAAGCACCGCGGUACGAAUGCUGAGAGCCAAACCAGCAGCGAAGGCACUGAGCCGGCGUUGGGGUCCAGAAGCGCCGCGCUAGAAGCACACGGUUCCUCCCUGAGCGCCGCAGAACCGUUCUGAAGCACUGAGCUUUGAACUGCUCCUGAGAAUUGACCACUCUCUGAUUUGAGGAUUUUCCAGUUAAAUGUGAUGAGAAUCACAAGAAAAGAAUGCUAACUUAUUGUAGUGGUGGCACCUUGUACUGUAUGUGCAUACGUUCUACAGUAUUGAUGUGCUUUAACUUUGACUAAGCUGCACUUUAACUUCCUUUUUAUACUCGUGGUACUUUAGGUUUUGGAGGGAAGUACAUUGGUUCUACUGCGGUACAAUGUUUUCUCACUGCUGCUGAGUGUCUGUAGUCAAAACCAUUCUAGGUCCUUAGUGAGAAACAUGUACAAAGAAUUUAAGAACCCUUUGUAAUGUUCAAUGAAGUCGUGCAGAUAUAAAUUGGUUGAAUUCUGUGCGUACGACAUUACAUCUGUGUUUCUGUAACUGUCAAAUAAUGAAAUAUUAGCAUUUAUCUAUCACAUGACAAUUAGUUUGUUUACAGACUGUACUAAUAUUACAUUUUCUGUACACGUGUACUGUAACUAAUGUAAAAGGGUUUUUGGUUUGAUGUGAACCCGUUGUCAGUAGGUCUUCAGCUCUGCUGUGCAGGACUCGAGCACCAGGAGCCCACGUGUGACUGCUCCUGCAUUUACACAUGUUUUUAAAUCAUUUAAUUUAUCACCUAAUGCAGUUAUUCCAACAAAGAACCAACACCUUCAAACUUUGAGGCUUCAAACGAUAUCUAGUGCACAAAGUAACCCUCAUAAUCACUGAACUGAUGUCUGUUGUUUAGCACAAAGCGAGAUUCUCAUAUUACGUAUGGUACAGAGACCUCCAUCGUUUUCAUCAAAAUGUCCACAUAAAUGAUAAAAUCUGAUAUAAUUACA